UAGGUAUAUUAGGUAUUAAUACACUAUCGAAUGACGUAUUAUCUGUAUAAUAUGGUAAAAAUCGAUUAUUUAUCGCGUAGGUACUCACAUAUGAAAUCGUUGAGACUAUCGGAACGUUCGAUUAGCAUGUAUACUCGGUCUAUCGAUGACGGUUCCAUCAAUGCUCCAACUGGGGUGCAUGCAAUCCCCUCCACCAGGAUCCCUUUGCCUUUCACUUCAUCUUAGCUCCUUAGCGUUACCCGCUAGUAUUGCAUCACUUUUUAACGUAGCACCUGCCACAUUGGAAUUUUGUGCACAACGCAAUACCGCAUUCGCCAUCGUAUUAUACGCGCACGAAACCCUCCACAGCCCAUAAUACAGGCGGCAUAAUAUAUAAUAUAUAUUAUAUUAUCAUAAAUUCAACUGGGUAAUUUUUUUUUCGUUUAAUUCGCACACAAUUGCUGAGAUGAAUGGUUUGCAGUGCACGAUGCCGCGAAUACCUGAAGAGCUUCCAUACGGAUUCCAUAUUAACUGGAUCAAUUUGGUCGACAACGACACGGGAACAGUAUUGUGGCAUACCAAUGAUAAUUAUUUCCGGUAAUAAAUAUAUGAUAACGGUCACAAUGCCUAAAAAAGUAUUGGAUUGCAGAGCUUUGACCAGGACUAUAAGCUUCACAUCCAUGCAUCGAAUAGAUCAUCUUAAGAUGAGACACAGAGAGCUUGUAUCGUUACAAUGUGUUCAUGAAUGGGUUUCUGAUUUUGGUAUUGUUUUACCCAAUUUAAAUGAAACUUGGGAAACAACUUUUAUAAAUAAAGAAGGAAUUUCAUCAUCAUCUACAAAUUUUUUAAGCGGUGAUUUGGUGAUAGAAACAAGUUUCUAUAAUGGUGAUAAAUUUAUAGGAUCAACACACAUUUUAUUGUAUUUUCAAUAAGCAUCAUAGUAGGUACCUAUUCAAUUUGGAUGCAGAUUGACAAUCUUACUUUACACACAUCAUCAGAAAUUUGUGAUCUUGUCUAAUUUAAACCAUUUUAAUCUUAAAUCGGUAAUUUCAAUCACAUUUUUUUUAAACUUAAAUAUAUUAAGUUCUUAAGUUUAAAUAUUAUGAAUAAAAAUGUAAUAUAUUAUAUUAAUAA